CUCUGGGCUAUGGUGCGUUUAUGGAACAUGGUCCGUUUCAGCCAGGGAGAGAUGGCAACUUGGUUAAGAACAAGUAUUCUUGGAAUUUAGAAAGAUGAACAGAAUCAAAUAUGUUAUACCUAGAGUCCCCUAUUGGAGUUGGAUUUUCGUACUCAAACACAAGCUCAGACUAUUUCAAUUGGAAUGAUACACAAACCGCUCUGGAGAAUCUGCGUUUCAUUCUCAAGUGGUUUGAGAAAUUCCCACAAUACCAAAAUUCAGAUUUGUUCUUAACUGGGGAGAGUUAUGCAGGUCACUAUAUACCACAGCUUGCAGAACUGAUGCUAAAAUACAACAAACAGACAAACAUCAAGCCUAUCAAGCUCAAGGCCAUUGCACUCGGGAAUCCACUUCUGGAUAUUGAGAUCAGCAUGAAUGCUGCUGAGUUUCUCUGGUAUCACGGAGCCAUAUCUGACGAUUUGCUUGCUAUGAAAUGAGCAAUCUGUAACAACACAAGGUUCGCUUUGGAGUACAUCCAAGGAAAUAUAUCUAAGGAAUGCGCUCUAGUAAACAAACUCACAGCGGAGGAGGUGGGGGGCAACAUUGAUCCUCAUGAUAUCCUCUUACCAAUAUGUUUAUCCUCAAAAGCAAAGCAGCAAAUGGUUUUCUUUGAAAAUCUUGUCACCACCCAUACAAAGAUUGAUAAGAGAGCUGCAGCUAGUGAUCCAUGCCUUACAGAUCGGAUAUAUGCGUAUUCACAGAGACCUGAAGUUCAGAAAGCAUUGCAUGCUAAUACAACUCACCUCCCAUGGGCCUGGG